GAAGUUCGUAUAGCUGCAGGACUUAUGCAUGAGGAUUUCCAGGCGCAGAGGCUCAACGCUGCGCUGGGCAUCCAGAUUUUAGAUGAUCUGCUCGAGCAGGUCGGCAAGGUAAUCAACUCUGAGCUUGCCGCCGAGCACAGUAAGGACGGGCAGGAGUGGAGGGAUUGGGUGCAAUCUUCCAUGAGAGGUGGAGUGGGAUGGGCCCACAG